AGUUUUCAAGAUGGCUUGCCAGUGACUGUGCCAGAGUGACCUGUCUCAGCCUUCCUCAGUGAUAAUGGCGGUGUAGCACCUCACACGCCCCUCGGGCAACACUCUUCUCCCACCCACGACACCCUCGCGCCCCUACGCUGGCAGUAUGCUGGUGCAGGAGCCAGUUCAGGCUGCAAUAUGGCAUUGCCUGAACCACUAUGCAUAUGUGGAUGCAACAUUUCUAGCAGAAAGACUCCUAGCUGAAGUGGAUUCUGAUGAGGCAUUACACCUGGUGGCCACAUCAUAUUAUCGCUCGGGAAAGCCAGGUCGCGCCUACUCGGUGCUUCAUGCACAUGGUACACGCACACCACAACUCAGGUUCCUCAUGGCUCGCUGCUGUUAUGACCUUGGAAAGUUGGAAGAGGCUGAAACAGUUCUAACUGGUGGAAGUGUUUUGCAUCCAAAAACAGUUGAUGAUUUAGCAACAGAAUAUGGAGAUUUGGCUUGCUUUGCUCUGCAGCUUCUUGGGCUCAUAUGUGCUAGAACUGAACGCCUCUUGAGAGCAGCAGAAGCUUUCAAGAGGUCAUUAAAGCUCAACCCAUUCUUAUGGCAGUCGUUCGUUGCGCUCUGUGAUCAGGGGGACAAAUCGGAUCCCUCGAAGGUGUUCAGGUUGGAUUCACUUGAGACGUUUUCUAAUUGCCAUGGCAGUACGGUGCUCACUCUAGUAAAUAGUGCCAAUUUAGCAAAUAAUGUUAGUGUCAUCUCAGACUCGGGAAUUUUAAAUACUCUAAACAAUGUAUUGGUGAACAGUCAAGAUACUAUUCAACAGACUCCGACUGUGACGCCAUUACAAAACACUCCCAAUAAUUUAUUACCGGUUAAUACGCCAGUGCAAAAUAUGAGUAAUGUAAGCUCCCCAGUACCGUUAACCUCUCUUAAUACACCGGUCACUGUGACUAUAACACCUUCAGCGGACAGAGGUGUUGGAGAUUCCGGGGAAGGUGUCCUUCAAGCGCCCAAAAAAAAGAAACUUGUUCGAAUUCGAAGUAUAAUGAGUGGACCCCUAUCAUUAAGUCCCUUAACACCAAGCUUUGGGGUCCUUCCUCUAGAAGUAACAAGUCCUGUGUGUGAGAGCGAGCAUUCAUCUUUAAAUAGUUCUGUGGCCUUCCUCACACCUUCACCACUCUCACUCUCUCAACUUGAUGCUGAACCUAACACCAAAGUUCCUCCACCUAUUAGUAAAAGAAUAUUAUGUCGAAACACAAAAGAUUCUCCUCUUGUUCUUAAUAAGCCAGCUGUAUUUGCGCCAACAGGGAACAAUAGCAAUUUUCAAAGUCCUCCAACGGGUCAACCAAAUCCUAAUGUUCGCAGAUCGUCACGCCUGUUUGGUAACAGUAAUUCUGUCAAGGAGAACAACAAGAGUCGUUUUGUAGCACCAAAGUCCCCAGCUCGUAAAACAAAAACCAGAUCCUCGAAGAGUCAGUCAAGUCUUUCUGAACUGAAUGAAAAGAACAAAAGUGAAAAUCAGGACAUUAUAUCACCUUCAGACAAGUCAUUCCCAGAGAAGCCAGCCACUCCCCAGAAUCUUGCACAACAAGCCUUCUCUAUCCAGAAACAGUCAGCAGAGGGAUUGAUGUCACUACUACGAGAUAUGGGAGCGGCAUAUCAGCAGCUGGCCCAGUACAACUGUGGAAGAGCAAUAGAGCUGCUGACUGCUCUUCCCACACAGCACUAUCGUACGGGAUGGGUCUUAGCGCACAUUGGCAAAGCAUAUUUUGAGAUGAAUGAUUAUCAGCAAGCUGUCAAGUUUUUCAGUGACGUGAGAGAAAAAGAACCACAUCGUCUCCACUUAAUGGAGUACUACAGCACAGCUCUCUGGCACUUACAAAAAGAAGUUCAGCUCUCUGCACUGGCACAGGAUUUGGUUGAAGAAGACCGUGAAUGCCCUCAGGCAUGGUGUGCUACAGGCAACUGUUUCUCUCUGCAGAAAGAGCAUGAAGCUGCUAUCAGAUUCUUCUCUAGAGCAAUCCAGGUAGAUCCAAACUUUGCCUAUGCAUACACAUUGCUUGGCCAUGAGCAUAUUGCCACAGAAGAGCUUGAUAAUGCACUGAGUUGUUACCGGAGUGCUGUGAGAAUAGACCCUCGUCACUAUAAUGCAUGGUAUGGCAUUGGUUUGGUGCUGUUUAAGCAAGAGAGGUUUGCUCAAGCAGAAUCUCAUUUUAAGAAGGCCCUCAGUAUUCACCCACUCAGCUCUGUUCUCAUGUGCCAUGUGGCUGUGGUGGAGCAUGCUUUACAAAAGAGCAGUUCUGCUCUUGCCACUUUAAAUCGCGCUCUAGCUGUAGAACCUCGCAAUCCAUUGUGUAAAUACCAUAGGGCAUCAAUUUUACAUGCAACUGAUCACCACCAAGAGGCUCUUGCAGAGCUCAACAAUUUGAAGGAGAUUGUUCCUAAGGAAUCAAAUGUAUACUUCUUGCUUGGCAAGGUGCACAAAAAGUUGGGACAAACACAUCUAGCUUUAAUGAACUUCUCUUGGGCGAUGGACCUCGAUCCUAAAGGUGCCAACAACCAGUUUAAAGAAGCAAUUGACCCAGCAAUUAAUCGCUUCCCAGUUGAUGAUGAUGAUACCACUAACAACAACCCCCAUGAUAAUGGUGGGUAUUUAAGUAGUGAAGGUAGUUCUCUGGCUCCUGCAGAAUCUUCACAUGAAUCCCUUAUCUUAGAGCCUCAGCAAAUGCCGAAUAUGGAGAGUUUGAGCGAUGACAGCUUAUAAUAGCGGCAUUCAUAGGCAUCGCAAUUUCUGAAAUGUCGGAGAAAGUUUUAUAAGAUAUGUUGAGCAGUUUUGUUAUGUAAGUAAUAGCAUCAAUAGGGAGAUAAUUUUGAAUGCUUUGAGAUGUACAUGAAUGGUAAAAAAAAAAAUGUAAAUUUUGUAUCGGGUAAUCAAAUAAAAAUUCCAAGUGUGUGUAUAUACGACAAGGAUUAAGUGAUAUCUCUCAACCCCUCCAACCCAGUGAUAAAGAUCUGCAUAUCAUUGUAUUGUGUAUGGCUAAUGCCCUAGUGUAGAAAAUGUGCGCUAGUUCACUAAAAUCUCUGAUUUGAAGAUGACUAUUUUCCUGGGAAAGACUGAGUGCAGAUUUGAAGUAAGAAAACUGAUAAUGAAAAUCUAAAUCAGUACAUAUUACAGUAAUAGUUGAAUAUAUUUAGUCAUUAUAUGUCAUAGCUUAAGUGAGUUGUAAUUAUCUAUUUUGCAUUUUCCUAUUUUUAAAAUAGGUUAUUACACCUACUUAAGUGUAUCGGUGUGUGCGCAUGAGAUAAUAGAAUUUGUAUGACUUGCUGUUGACGAUCGGUGUUUAAUCUCUAAAUAUACAUAUAGAAAAUGAUUGGGGUUUUGCAGUGUUUUUCACAAGUUCAUUAAGUAAUUACUUUUUAGGUAUAUACCUCAUCUUAACCAUGCAAGUAUCUUGAUAAAAAAAAAUUUUAAGCAGAGAAAAAGUAAUAAAUUUUAUUUAUAUAAUGAGUGUUCAAAAACUGAAUUAUAAAUAAUGACUUACUAACAAAUGAUGGGUAAUGGUCUUUGACAGUGGUCUGGACAAAUUACAUGUACAGUAUUUCAGUAGUGUAUUGAGACUAGCAGCUAGACAGUGUGGCAUUUAUCCUCUUGCUAUUUGAUGGGGACCACUUGUUAUUUGGAUCAUGUUUUGUGUAUAGCAGUUCUUGGGUUGGGGUUGGGUUCCAGCUGCCAAUGGCGUGGAGCAGCAUAAUACUACAUGCUAUCUACGGAGGUGGUCACUUGUUCUCCUGUGAUGAGAUGACUCUUCAGAGUUAUCCCAGCCCACUUAAGAAAAAGUAUGUAGAUGUGUAAAUUUUUAUUUAUAUACAGUAAAUAUAUAAAUAUAUAUAUAUAUAUUUUAGUUAUUUGUUAACACCAAAUUCUAGUCUUAGCCUACAGUUAUGAAGAAAUAUACUUAAAACAGUUUUUACACUGAGAUACUAGUUAACACGUGGAAAACAUUGAUAUUGUUUCCAUGCUUGCCGAGUAAAUGGCUUCCCUUAUUAAGAAUGUUAAGAGUUAAGGUACAGAAAUUAAUAAUUCAGUAAUACCAGUUUUUUUUUCUCUCUCUCUUUUCUUUCUUUUUAAGUGGUUAGGUGGUGUGCUGCUACUGUAGCAGAAGUGUACCUACCUUGGUUGUGUGCAUCCCUAAAGUAGAUGAUAUUCAGUGUCUCUUCCUGACAUUGUUUCUUUGCAGUGAGAAUGGGUCAUUAGCAGGCAAAGUCAGUGUAGUCACCAAAAUUGUAUACAGUAGUUGUCAAAAUCUGUAUUUGCUAAUUGUAUUCUUGGGAGUCCUGUGUGAUGUUAGUUUCUCUUGUCAGUUUUUUUUGAUAGGUACUACAUGUCUUGCCUAACCAUUACAUAUAUUCAUAAAUUAAAAGCUAAUUUCUGGUCAAGUUGUAUCUAUUUGGAGGGUCCUUAUCUCUGGUGCAAGGCUUAGGUACAUAGAAUGUAGAAAAUACAGCUUCUAGCUUAUUUGAAUGUGUGCUGCUAUUGCUGUACAUAGUAUAUAUGUAAAUUUGAGACCUUGGAUACAGUGCCUAUUUCAAGUUUAAUGUAUUGUAAGUGUUUGGAAGUUUGCUUUGACAGUUUGAUAUUUGAAUUAUUUAUAGUCUUGACAUUUUAUUUUGGUCAAAAUAUUGAAAAAUGUUUGGAAGGUUAUUGCUCCAAUAUGCCUUACAAAAAUUUAACCAUUGUGGGAUGAUGGUCAUGUAUUGGAAAGACAUGUCCAUUUAUUUAUAUAAACAAGAUAAAAAAAAAAAACUCGUUUGGCUAAAGAAAAUAACAUUUAAUUUUUCGGAUAGUAAGUUCAUGCAAAUUUGCUUGUCUGUAAUGUUACUGUUGAUAUAAGCUCUUUUAAAUUUAAACAUGUUUUAGGUGGCUUGUAAAUGAAACAGGAUGGCACAUGUAAGCUCUUCCUGAAACAUUUUCAGUUCUGGCAGUAUCUGUAAACAAGUAUAAAUAGCAGUGAAUAGUAGUAUCUCAUGAAGUUGCAAUAACAGAGGCCAAUAUUUAAGCAGCAGCUGCAGUCAGCAAAUUUUUGUGGCUGUGCCAAAGGCCUGUGUGAACACAUUCAAUUGUCAUUUUUGGGUUAAAAGGGCAUUAACAGAUGAAUGUGCAUUUAUCAUUGGUUAUAGUCUUACUGUUUAAGAAUGACUAUAAAAGUAGUUGCGAAAAAAAAACAGUAUUAAAGUUAAAAAGAUGUGCAAUAAAAGUAUUUUAUCUGAAAAUCACUAAUGGUUCAGUCAUAUUGAGUAUUUAAUUUCUUCAUAAUAGUUUUAGUGCACUAAUAAAAUUUUUGAGCUUCUUGAUGGUAAAUAUUGUAAUCCUCAUUUUAAAUUAUCUUUCAUAGACAGUUCGUACUUCUAAGUAAACAUCUAACUUAUUUUCAGUAAUUAUCCAUUUAAAAUUUACUUUAACUUGAGGCUUUAAAGUGUUUGGCUCAAAUUGUAAAUUUUUAAGGUGUAAAAUAUUUAUAAUGCAUUGUAAAUUACUAAUUAGUCAAAUUAAGUUCAUAAGAACAGCAUUGAGAGGAACUUAAGCAAAUUAUUAUUAUUAUUAUUAAUAUUUAGCAGUUCAGAUAAUUGAAAUAUAUAGAAGCAACUUUUGCAGAUUUCUGAUGCACACAAGGUAAAUUAACCCUUUCAGGGUCGGUCCCAUAAAAUUACGGCUUUGAAGCCAGGAUCAGUCCCAUAAUACUCUACCCAAAUUCUAGCAGCUCCCAAUCUUGCGAGACAAAGCUGGUAGGCCUACAUAUGAGAGAAUGGGUCUGCGUGGUCAGUGUGCGGAGUAUAAAAAAAAUCCUACAGCAUGCAGUGCAUAUUGAGAAAAAAAACUGCGACUGUGUUUUUGGUGUAAAAAGUGACUUUGCAGUAUAUUUUUGUAUGGUUUUUAUGGUUGUAUUCUUGGUUUCUUUGUGUCAUUUGAUAGAAUGGAAGAUAUCUUACAGAAAUAGAGAUGAUUUUGAAGGGUUUAUGCAAUAAAGUAGCUUGAAAUUAAGCUCAAAGUAGCAGAAAUGUUCGAUUUUUGCCAAUGUUUGAGUAAACAAAACACGUCACGCAUCCAAUACACAUCAACUGGCUGGCCUAAUAUGCACUCACGAAUGCACUGACGUUAUUUAUACAAUUGUUACCAUUAUGCAGUAGUCUGAAUAACAGUAAAUUUUCUAUUUUAUUGUUUGAAUAAAAAUUCAAAGUGAAAAGGAAGCGUAAUGUAAGAGGGACCUGGAGACAUGACUGAUGAACAGAGAAAAUUUUAUUUUAGUGCCAGAAAUGUCUACAUUAUUUAAUCUGGACCCUAUUUUGAAAUUUGCCUUUCUUGAAUUUUGUGUGAAAUUGGCCAAAUUAAAUUCUGAUCACUUUAUUGGGGUAGUUGAAGUAGGUAACUCAGCAGUUUCUUGUACUCGAUCGAUAGAAUAAAAGGAUGAGUUUGGUCAACUGGAACAAUGGAAUUGCCCCAAAAUAGGGCUCGAUACGUAAAUAUUGCAGAGACCUCUAACUUUGCGAGAGCGUAAUUCUGUAAGUUUUCCAUCAAAUUUCUCACCUUUGGUGUCAUUACCUUCAGAAAAAGAUUAUCAUUUUGUAAUCCCCCCCCCUCCCCCCACUCUGGGAGCAAGUUUGCAAGCAGGGGUCUUGACCCUCAGAGGGUUAAUGGCUCCAUUCUCCAACAGAUUUGCUUUGAUGUAAUAUUAAUUCUACUUUCUGAUUUGCAUUUUUCUCUCCAUAAUUUGAUUUUUACAUUUCAUUUUUCUAUUCUAUUUACCCCCCCCCCCCAAUCCCCCAUGCACUUGCAGAGGUAUUCUUUGACCUUUUCACAUUCUUGCUUCCCUGUACAUGUGGUUAACAGCUUUUUAAAUAUAACAGCCAAAUAAGUAUGAAGAAUUCUUCAGCAAAUGUUUGUCUUUCAAAUGACUGAAUCAGGAAAAUUUUCAUAAGGUCAUAUCUUUUCAUGAAAAGGGUGGUGGUCUUAAAGGGAGCAAGGCAGCAAUGAGAUCUUGGUUCAGCUGUAAGAGGAAAAAAUACUUAGCAUUAAAUGUACUAAGUUAAUGAAUGAAAUUACUCAAGAAUAUGCUCACAUCCUCAACGUAACAUUGAGCAUGCUUAGAUUGUAAAGUGAACUCUUCUGUGCUAAGAAGUUAAAAGAAAAAUGCAAAUUGAGGAAGAGAUUGAUAUCCAUUUCAAAGGUGCAGUGCACUUUUGAACUAAUGUGGAUCUAUAAAUUUCAUAUGGCUAAAGGUUUCUAAUAGAAACGAAAGUCUUUACCAAAUUUUAACUAUACUAGUUACUGUACAUUUUCAGAAUAGAUUUUGUUAUGUGUGUGCAUGUGAAUUAUUGUAUAAAGGAAUUUUUCUUUUUUUUUGUGGUAGAGCCUUUAAACUGUUCUAGUUAUAUCUAUAUUAAUAGUGUAAUAAGUGUACUUACUUCCUACAAAUUUUUUAUGCAAAAAUUUUCCAUUUUUCAUGCAGUAUUAAGUUUAUUAAAAUAGCUGGUAACUUUUCCUUUGUUUGCCAUGUUGAAACUGCCAUCUGAUGUGAAUUCUCCUCUGCCGUGCUGUACCUAUCACUGUUAUUAAACUGCUUUCCUCUGAACAGUUAGUUAUCUUGCUGUGUAUAGUUUUUUCAGUGAUUCUUUGAUUUAUAUUUUUCGAAGACCACAUGUUAUUUUUUUUAUUUAUUUUUGUUUUAUUACGUGUCAGCCAUUUCCCACUGAGGCAGGAUGCCCCAAAGGAAGAAAGGAAGAAAAAAAACUCAUUAUCAUUCAACACUUUCACCAUCACAUAAUCACUGUCUUUGCAGAGGAGCCCAGAUAUGACAAUUUAGAUAGUCACUCCAAACUGCCAAUAUCCCAAACCCCUCCUUUAAAGUGCAGGCAUUGUACUUCCCAUUUCCAGGACUCGAGUCCGGCUAACCGGUUUCCCUGCAUCCCUUCACAAAAUAUUACCCUGCUCACACUCCAACAGCUCGUCAGGUCCCAAAAACCAUUCGUCUCCAUUCAUUCCUAUCUAGCACACUCACGCUUGCUGGAAAUCAAAGCCCCUUGCCCACAAAACCUCCUUUACCCUCUCCCUCCAACCUUGAAAAGGUCAGAGGGAGGGGGGUAAAGGAUUUAUUCGCUCUCCAAGUCAUCCUACUUUGUUCCAUUCUCUCUAAAUGACCAAACCACCUGAACAACCCAUCUUCAGCCCUCUCACUAAUACUUUUUGUAACUCCACACCACCACCCAAUUUCCACACUAUGAAUUUGCUGCAUAAUAUUUACACCACACAUUGCCGUUAGACAGGACAUCUCCACUGCCUCCAGCCACCUCCUCGCUGCAGCAUUUACAACACAAGCUUCACCCCUAUAUAAGAGUGUUGGUACCACUGUACUUUCGUACAUUCCCUUCUUUGCCUCCAUGGAUAACGUGUUUUGUCUCCAGAGAUACCUCAAUGCACCACUCGCCUUUUUUCCUUCAUCAGUUCUGUGGUUAGCCUCAUCCUUCAUAAAGCCAUCCACUGACAAGUAGACUCCCAAAUACCUUAAAACAUUCAUUUCUUCCAUACUACCUCUCUCCAGUGUGAUAUCCAAUUUUUCUUUAAAUCAUAUGAUACCCCCAUCACUUUACUCUUAUCUAUGUUCACUUUCAACUUUCUACCUUUGCACACCCUCCUAAACUCGUCCACCAACCUUUGCCACUUUUCUUUUGAAUCUCCCAAAAACACAGUAUCAUAAGCAAAAAGUAGCUGUGUCAACUCCCAUUUUGUAUAUGAUUACUCAUAAUUUAAUCCCACCCCUCUCCCGAACACCCUAGCAUUUACUUCUUUUACAACCCCAUCUAUAAAUAUAUUAAACAACCAUGGUGACAUUACACAUCCCGGUCUAAGGCCUACUUUUAGUGGAAAGUAAUCUCUCUUCCCCACACACACUAACCUGAUCCUCAUAAAAACACUACAGCAUUUAGUAACUUAAUAUUCCAUACACUUGUAACAUCUGCCAUAUUGCUCCUCUAUUCACCCUGUCAUAUGCCUUUUCUAAAUCCAUAAAUACAAUGAAAACUUCCAUACCCUAAUUUAAAUAUUAUUCACUUGUUUGCUUCAAUGCAAACACUUGCUUUUACACAUCCCCUACCCAUUCUAAAGCCUCCUCACUUAUCUGCAAUCCUACUCUCUGCCUUACCUCUAAUUCUUUCAAUAAUAACCCUACCAUACAAUUUACCUGGUAUACUCAGUAAACUUGUUUCCCUAUAAUUUUUACAAUCUCUUAUGCCCCCUUCCCUGUCUAUAUAGGAACUAUACAUGCUCGCUGCCAAUCCUUAGGUACCUUCCCCUCUUUCAUACUUUUAUUAAACAAAAGUACCUAUCACUUCAAAACUAUAUACCCCCUGCUUCAAACAUUUCUGUCAUAAUUUCAUCAGUAUAAAUAAAAUGUAUGUUUGUUUAUUUUUCUUUUUACUCGGUGGCAGUCUUCCACCAAGGCAGUAUGUCUCAAGGAAGGAAACGCAAUCAUCACCAUUCAGUAUGCAGUCGCUUCUCUUUUUGCAGAUGCAAUUUUAAAAGUGCAUACAAAACUGAUCAGCACAUAAUAUGAAGGCCUUUUCACAUCCAAUUUAAUAUUUGAGUGCCCUUUUUCAGCCUCAUUGACAAAAGUUUGCUUUAUAAGAGCUUACUGUAAUUUAUAUAUUAGAUUGUAGGUAAGGGGUAUCAUCUUUUGUUGUUAAGGAACUAUAGUCUUGAAGAUACUGGUAAUAAAAGGGCUACUGGUAGAAAUUCUGUGUGGCCCCCAUGAAAUUUUUCCUUUUCCCCCUCCCCACCCCCUUUUUUUUUUUCAGAAUGCUGUACUUCACUCGUCUAUUUGGUACAAUUGGUUUGAGAGCUGUAUUAUGAAUACUAUAUGUAUACUGUAUAUAAUAUUGUUGAGUAUCAUUUUAUGUUAUAAGAUUAGUGAAGUAAUUUUCCAUUCUUUAAAGUAAUAUAAACUUAUUGCAUAAUGCACUUGUUAUUUAAUACUUUAUAGUAAUGAUUCUUUGUUUUAUGACAGUGCCACUUAAUGAAAUAAGUGUGCCACAUUUAAUUAUUUUUUUUUGUGGGGGGGGGGGGGGGUAAUGGGAUGCUGGAACUCAAAAUUACAAGUUGUUUCUAGUAGAGAACAUUUUGACUACCCUCUGAUAAUUUUUUUUUUUCUGUAGGAUUCCUUUACAAAAUUGCAUUAAUGUAAACAUUUCAUAUAACAUUGAAGGGCAUUAAUUACUGUAUCAUACUCAGGGUUGCCUAUUUAGUUUUCAUGUUACACCUUAGGUACUAGCUCAACAUUUUCUUUAUAGCCACCACACUUGUACUGUAUACAGAAAAGAAGGCAUUUAAAAUACAUAGCUGUUGAACCAUAUGUAGGAUUUUUUACAACUAAUUAUGAACACUGUUUGAUAUAAUCAUGCUGAUUUUCAACUUUAAAUUCCAUGGAAAUGUAUGUACUUUGCUAGAUUACUCUUCUAGCUAAAUUGACUGCUAUUUUAUGCUAGAGCAAUCAGUGUGGAUUUAUUUAUGGACAUUAAGACAUCUGUGUGAUUUCUGGCUAUAUUAUUUUGGAAUAAUUAAAUGCAAGGUUAUUUCUAAAGUUAAUCUUGAAAAUUCUUGUAAAUGGAACUCCUGAAAUUAUUUGCACUGAAUACAUUCUCUUUAUUUUUGGAACUGAUUUUAAUAGAGUACUGUGUCAUUUUUCAGACCGAUGAAUGGCAGCUUUCACUCAAUAUGUAACACUUUUGUAUGGCCUAAAUACCAUAUGUCAUUAAUUAUUUUGAAACUUCUUUCAGUACUCCUCUUUUGUCAUUAAAAUGUAUUAUAAUAAAGCGAGCAUAAAGUA